AUGUUUCGGGCAGUUUUCGUGAGUAAUCUGAUUCGAUCUUGCUCUAGAGUUAAGCAUCCAAUUGAUCGGAGCGCACGUUCGCUUCUCUCGUCGGAGAUGGUUCGUCUGUACAGCACCGAAAUGGAACCUCAGCUGUCUCCAGAUCUUAUUAAGAUAAUGGAUCAGAGACUAUCGUCGAUAGAACGCGAAAUGCUGUUCUUCAGAGGCUUAUUAACCAGGUAA